AUUCAUGAAAACCAAGCUUGAGGGAUGUGCUCAUAAACUGAUAAGUGGUAAAAAUUAGAAUCAGUUAGAAUAAUACACGAAGUAUCGAAGUAUCUGAAUCUUCAGAGCGUUAUUAACGGAAAUUAUUAAUUACACUUGGUAAGGAAUUCUGUUUUCUUCAACUGUUAUGGAUAUGGUGACCACGAAUUUGCAACAACAACGUCAAAUCACGGAGCAGCUACGCCGUGAAGCUGCUAUAAAGCGAAUUACGGUCAGUAAAGCAGUGGAGGAUAUUAUGAAAUAUAUUACGGAGCACGAGCAGGAGGAUUAUCUUUUGGUUGGUUUCUCAUCUCAAAAGUCGAAUCCCUUUCGUGAGAGGAGUUACUGUACCCUUUUUUAAGCUCUCAUGCUUAAAAUGAGGACCAAUCAUCAUUUUAAUUUUCUUCAUAAACCAUUACAAUUUUGAUAUGUAUUUAACUUAUUAUGUUAUCAGAACAAUGUAUUGAAUCUACUUAUUUGUAUUCAAGCAUUCAUUUAAUUGAUUCAAGUCAUUUUGCAUUUUCACUUUAAUUUUUGUUCAAUACAAACAUGAAAGAAUAUUAUUUGUACAUUUGGAAUUUAUAUUUGAAGAAUCGUGGCCAGAUUGAUGAAGAUUCUACUAUUGUGAUUUUAUUGGCCUAACAUAGCAUAAUAGAAAGCACAGAAGGUUUCUAUAUUAUACAUACAUUUAUACAUAAAUAUAAAAUGGUAUUUUGUACAGUGUUGAUCUUCCAAAAAUGUUUAACAUGUUGUAGUAUUUUUUACAUGCUAAAAGUGACCUAAAAACCUGUUAUUUGACAAGUCUAUUUUUCAUGGUAUUUACACGAUAUAAGAUGAAAGUAACUAUUUUAAAUAUGUAUGUAUGCUUAAAACCAAUGUACUUUUGUACAAUUUAUACUGUUGAUUAUGGAAACCUGAAGGAUAUUAAACUAAUAAUGAAAUAAAAAGAUAUAAAAACA